AUGACUCAACUAGGAUGGGGGUUGCUGUUCCUGGGCCUCAUGGCCAUGACUGAAGGGCUUUGGAAAGGUAAUGAUCUGCUCAACAUCUGCUUGGAUGCUAAGCACCACAAGUUCAAGCCUGGCAGAGAAGAUAACCUUCAUAACCAGUGCAGCCCAUGGAAGAAAAGAGCCUGCUGCACAGCAAACACCAGCGUUGCCACCCAUGAAGACACCUCCUUGUACCACUUCAACUAUAACCACUGUGGGAUGAUGACCCCAGCCUGCAAAUACUACUUUAUCCAGGUCACAUGUCUCUAUGCAUGCUCCCCCAACCUAGGACCCUGGAUCCAGCCGGUGUCCUCAAGUUGGAGGAAGGAACGGAUCCUGAAUGUUCCCCUGUGCAGGGAGGAUUAUGACCAGUGGUGGGAGGACUGCCAAACCUCCUAUACCUGCAAAGAGAACUGCCACAAAGGUUGGAAUUGGACUUCAGGGAUUAAGGAGUGCCCAGUUAAGGCUGCCUGCCACCCUUUCACAUUUCACUUUCCAACACCGGUGUCCCUAUGUGAGAAUAUUGCUCCCUAUGUGAGUCAUUCUUACAAUGCAAGCUCUCUUGUCCAGGGCAGUGGCAAAUGUAUUCAGAUGUGGUUUGACCCAGGCCAGGGAGGAAAUCCCACUGAAGCUGUGCCUAAAUCCUAUGCUUUGAGCUCUGCCCCAAGCAUUUUCACUUGGAAGGCCAGUUUCCCCUUCUUAAUUUUGACACUGCUGUUGCUUCUCUGGGGAUAA